CACAGAACUGCCCGGUCCUGCCCGCUGGGGAGCGUCUCCAUUAACAAUCACCAUGACACUGUCACUGCUCUGCUCCCUUUUCCUACUCGCUGCCCCAUCAGGUGUCCUCUCCCAGGUGCAGCUGGUCCAGUCCGGCCCAGGAGCGGUGAAGCCCGGGGAGACCCUCACGCUGAGCUGCGUUGUCUCGGGUUACACCAUCACCAGUGGUUACAGCUGGCACUGGGUCCGGCAGCCCCCAGGGAUAGGGCUGGAGUGGCUGGGACGGGGAUAUUACAGCGGUUCCACCUGGAACACGAACUACGCCUCCUCCUUCCAGAGCCGAAUCACCAUCUCCACUGACUCCUCCAAGAACCAGUUCUCGCUGCAGCUCCGCUCGCUGACAGCUGCAGACACCGCCGUGUAUUACUGCACCAGAGACACACUCCGGCUCCAGGAGUCCGGCCCGGGGGUGCUGAAGCCCGGAGAGACGCUCACACUCACCUGCACUGUCACCGGGGGCACCGUCACCAGCAGCUCCUACUGGAACUGGAUACGCCAGCCCCCGGGCCAGGGGCUGGAGUGGAUGGGGUACUGGACCGGGAGCACAAGGUACAACCCGUCUCUCCAAGGCCGAAUCACCAUCUCCGUGGAUUCCUCCAACACCAAAUAUUAUCUGCGGCUGAGCUCGCUGACAGCUGCAGACACCGGCACCUAUUACUGCGCCAGACACACAGUGACACAGAGCAGAGCAGGGACCGUACAAAAAGGGGAACCCGGGGAGACCCUCAGUAUCACUUGUAAAGUCUCUGGAGUCUCCAUCAGCAGCUACUAUUGGAGCUGGGCCCGGCAUUGGUAUCGGCAGGUCCCAGGGAAAGCACCGGAGUGGCUGGGUCUGAUAUUCUGGGAUGGGGACACGCGCUACGCCCCAUCCCUCCAAGGCCGAACCAGCAUCUCUGCAGACACCGCCAGGAACCAGUUCUCGCUGCAGCUCCGCUCGCUGACAGCUGCAGACACCGGCACCUAUUACUGCGCCAGAGAGACACGGUGA